AUGAGUGCCUCCUCCUCCACCACUUCCACGAGCCUUCUGGCGCCCAUCGCCCGCGCAGUCCAUUAUAUCGCCGCGCGCGAAUGCGCAAGUGAUGACAACAGCCCUCGCUGCGAGAAACCCUACAACUCGCCCAAGAUCAUCGGUAUCGCUGUUGGUGUCACAGCCGCCGUACUAAUCCUCGGAUCUGGCUCGCUUCUCUUAUACCUUCACAUGAGAAGACAGCGCUUCGAACGCAAAGAGGAGGACGCAAUCUCCCUCGAGAUUGACGGUGAAGUCGAUGAUCAUCCGACCAUGGGCAAGCCGCCGCGCGCCUGGCAGCCGCACGGCCAGCGAGGAGACGAUAAUCCAUUCGAAGCCGACCGCCAACCCCACCAGCGCGAGAACCCCUUUGAGCCGGAACGCCGGUAG